AUGGCAAAGCUCCCGAAGCCCCCAAAGUCGUUUCCUGCAAAACCUGCGAUACCCACAAAGCCCGCUAUACCACUACACAGACGCAUACAACGAGCGCAGCACGACAACGACCUACCACUUCGAGCCCCCGCCAACCAAACACCUGAGCAAGCGUUGAAGCGAGUAUGGGCAGCACGUCCAACGUUGUCGGAUCUGCAGCGCCUGUCGGAUGAGGAACUGAGGUCGGCACAUCAUCAGGCAAAACUACGGAGAUGGAGACAAUGGCCAAUGUUCGGCGUCGGCAUGAUCGCAUUCGGCAUGGGCACAUACGCGACGAUGCUCUACACGUCGUUGACACAGGAUAGCGACUUGAAGGACUUGCCAGAAGAUCUCUCAGACCGAUUCGACAAAGAGGCCGAGGGCUAUGAUGAGAAGGUUGACACGUCUGAGACGUUACUCUUCUUGACCAGGAAGCGCAAGAAGCUUACUUCCAUGGCCAAGGGACACGUGUUGGAGGUGGCUGUUGGUACUGGUAGGAACAUACCUUACUACAAGACCAAGCAAUGCGCCACAGUGACUCUGCUCGAUUCAAGCGGGCCCAUGUUGGCAGUUGCAAAGCGGAAGUGGAACGACACACACAAGGAAUACUUUAGCCGUGUCUUCUUCAAGCAACAGUCUGCCACAGAUCCGAUAACGCCCCCAUAUGGUGCCCAAGACGGAUACGACACGGUGAUACAAACCAUGGGAUUGUGCUCUACGCAUGAGCCCGUGAAGCUGCUUCAGAACCUCGAGGCGUCGACCAAUGAGAAUGGCCAGAUCCUACUUCUAGAGCACGGUAAGUCGCACUACGAGUGGCUCAACAGCAUGUUGGACAAGACUGCUCCCGCUCAUGCGGACGAACACGGCUGCUGGUGGAACAAAGACAUCGGCAAGAUUGUCGAAGAAAGUGGGCUGGAAGUCGUUGACAUAAAACGCUACAAUUUCGGCACGACCUGGUGGUUGCAGUUGAGGCCGAGGAAGGGCAUGCGGCAAAGAUUGGCCGAGACCACCACCUCAGGUGAGCUGCCGCUUGCUGCACCAGCCGGAUCCCCGGUUACACAGAAGCCAUGGUGGUCGUUGUGGAGAUGA